CAACAAUCAUUCAUUCUCUCUCUAUCUCUCUCUCUCUCUCAAUAUACCAAAAACAAGAAUCCACUCCAAGUCACUUAAAAGAAAAACCACUAAAAAAACGAAACUUCCUGUUACCCAACACUUACAAGCCAUUUCUCGCCCCUUUUCUCUUCUUUCUCUCUCAAAGGAAAACCCAGCAGCCUCAGCCUCAGCCUCAGCCUAAGCCUCAGCCUCAGCCUCGGCCUCGUCCUCAUCCUCAUAAAUAACACCCCCAUCUCCUCCCCCACCCCAAAAAAAUGAUCGUCUUUUCUGAUAGAUUUCCCCAACCACACCACCAGCAGCAACAAGACCCAGGCCAAGAUGGCUCGAGCCAACCAGACCCACCCGCCGCAUCAGGGCUCGAGCCCACACCUCUCCACCUCCGCCUGGCGGCCGCACGCGACUUCGGUGGCCUCCGCGCCGACCCACCGCCCGCAACUGUCGCCCUCCCCUCCACCGCCAGCGAUGUUACCCGUGCCAUUCGCGCGGCCCUCUCUCACCAAACCUUGACUCUAUCCGCCCGUGGCUGCGGCCACUCGGUCCAUGGCCAGGCGAACGCCCCCCACGGCAUCGUCCUGGACAUGUCCUCCAUGCGCGGCUCAAUGGCCGUAAUCCCGAGAGUUGCAAACACGGACCCGGAACAGGCCGGCUCGACGGGCUCGUCCUACUUCUGUGUGGAUGUGAAGGGAGGGGAGGUUUGGGAAGAUGUUCUGAGGUUCUGUUUGCAAUUCGGGAUGGCGCCGAGGUCGUGGACGGACUUUCUCUCUCUGAGUGUUGGGGGGACUUUGAGCAAUGGAGGGGUGAGUGGGCAGAGUUUCAGGUAUGGGCCUCAAGUGGUGAAUGUGGAGGAGAUGGAGGUGGUCACUGGGAGCGGGGAGGUUGUGAGGUGUUCAGAGAGAGAGAAUGGGGAGCUCUUUUUUGGGGUUUUGGGGGGGUUGGGCCAAUUUGGGAUCAUUACCAGGGCCAGGAUUCUGCUUCAGAAGGCGCCUGAUAUGGUGCGUUGGAUAAGAGUGGUAUAUGCAGAUUUUGAUGAUUUUUCGAGGGACCAAGAGUUGUUGGUGACGAGAGCAAGCAGUGAGUCGUUUGAUUACAUUGAAGGCUUCGUCUUCACAAACAGCGAUCACCCUGUUAAUGGCUGCCACUCUGUGCCCCUGCUCCCACACCAAACUUUUGACCUCAAUUUAAUCCCUGCAAAUGCUGGCCCCGUUCUCUAUUGCCUCGAGAUAGCCCUUCAUUUUGCCAACAGAGAUGACGCCAAAACAAUUGAAAAGAGAGUGAGCCAAAUGCUAGAACCUCUUAAAUUUAGGAGAGGCCUCAAAUUUAGUUGUGACCUAACAUACUAUGACUUCCUUCAAAGGGUGAAGAGUAAUGAGGAAGCAGCCAAAGCCAAUGGUACUUGGGAUGCACCUCAUCCUUGGCUUAACCUCUUCAUCUCUAGCAAAAACAUACAAGAAUUUGACAGCAAGGUAUUCAACAAAAUACUCAAGAAUGGGAUUGGAGGAAGUAUUCUAGUUUACCCACUCAUCAAAAGCAAGUGGGAUCCUCGAAUGUCAGUGGUGGUACCAGAUAAUGAAAUUUUCUAUCUUGUGGCCUUGCUUCGCUUUAACAAACCAUAUCCAGAGGGCCCCUCCCUUCAAUCUUUGCUUGCUCAAAACCAAGAAAUCAUCGAUUGUUGCACUAGUAACAACUUCGACUUCAAGGUCUAUAUCCCCCACUGCAACUCACAAGAUCAAUGGAAGGCCCACUUUGGAAAUCAAUGGUCUCGAUUUGUUGAGAGGAAAGCUGCCUUCGAUCCGAUGGCCGUCCUCGCUCCUGGCCAAAGAAUAUUCCCUAGGGUUCAAUCUUCACAGUGAAAUCACUGCAUGCCUUUACGCUAUUUGUGUUUUAAAAGGGACCUACUAGUUACCUUUGACAAAAAGAAGUCGCAAUCACUCUUGGUGAUUAGGCGUGAAAUUGGACGGUUUGGAGUAAGCCAUUUAUGGGGUGUAAAGUUCAAGUAAAAUUCUCUUGGACUUUGUUACAUACUCUAAAUUGUUGGAUUUGACAUCUAAUGGCUAGAAGUGAUUGUGACCUGAUCUGAAUAUAAAUAAUCUUAUAUCAUAUAAACCCUUUCAAAAUGCUUCAACCAAAGCUAUCGUGCCAUCACUAGUGCUUUCAGCCCUCUCAAUGCAAAUAAAGGAUAAGAUCAAGACCACCAAUCACACAUUAAGCCAUGGAGUAUUGGAUGUGGACUAUCAUUAAGGGGUUAAUCAUGAAGUAGUUGGGAGGAUUAAUAGCUAAAUUUUGGUUGGGUAAUUUGUCGAAAUUGAAUAUUUCAUCCUUUCUUUUUUUCCUCUCAAGAUAUUCUGGUAAAGUGAGUCCCAAAAAUGCACAAAAUAUGUGAGGAAAAAAAAAGUGUUCUUUGGAUGGUACUUAAUGGAUUCUUCAUGGCAUUUAAGUAAGUUUGAAUCCGUGUUUUAAAACCCAGCAAUUUCCGAUCCGAACCGCUGAUUCGGAUGGGCCUCAAUCAAGACAAAGUACUUCUGGGAUGGUAUGUGGCUCGAUUCCCCCCCUCCCCCCAUGUAUAUAAAUUUUAUGUUUUAAGCUUAUUUCAUAUUGUUUUAGGUCCCCUUUAUGUCUCCACCCUAUAAACUUUUAAAAUUGUGAGUUUAUUCCAUUUAUAUUUUGACA